ACGACUGUUACGACAGUCAACACAAACGGUUUACGGCAAGCAUGGAUAUUAUGCAUAGCUUGUUGUUAGCCAGAUAAACACCUGUUGCAGUGUACGUUUUCAUACAUUUCCUACGCGUUAGCAAAACAUAUUUCAGUGUAGGUUUUUAACCCGGAGAAAUGGAUGUUGGAGAGCUCCUCAACUAUCAGCCUGAUAGAGGAGCAAAGCGUCCUAGGGAUGAGGAUGGAGCAGCAGCGGGAGGAGAGGAUGACUCCAGAGGAGGGAAGCAGCAGAAGGGGCUGAGUGCCAGGGAGCUGGCCAAGUACCGGGAAGCAGCAGCAGGGAUGGGGAUUGAAAUUGGGGGUGAGAUGAGGGAGAGUGAGGAGUUUACAGGGGACAGGAAGAAGAUCCUGGAGAAACUGAUGGACCAGGAUGAAGAAGAACCUGAGGCAGAGCCAGUGGAUGAGAGCUCCGUGAAGAAAAUGAUCCUGACCUUUGAGAAAAGGUCGUACAAAAAUCAAGAACUGAGGAUUAAGUUUCCCGACAACCCAGAGAAGUUCAUGGAGUCCGAGCUGGAUCUGAACGACAUCAUCCAGGAAAUGCACGUGAUCGCCACAAUGCCAGACCUCUACCACCUGCUGGUGGAGCUCAAUGCUGUCCACUCACUGCUCGGCCUCCUCAGCCAUGAGAACACUGAUGUUGCCAUAGCAGUGGUAGAUCUGUUACAGGAGCUGACAGAUAUCGACACACUUCAUGAGAGCGAGGAGGGUGCUGAGGUGCUCAUAGAUGCUCUGUUGGAGGGUCAGGUGGUGGCCUUGCUGGUGCAGAAUAUGGAGCGGCUGGAUGAACAGGUGAAGGAGGAGGCCGAUGGCAUCUAUAACACACUGGCUAUCAUAGAAAAUAUGGCAGAGUUCAGACCAGGCCUGUGCACAGAGGCAGCUCAGCAGGGACUCAUGCAGUGGCUGCUUAAGAGAAUUAAGGCAAAGAUGCCGUUUGAUGCUAACAAGCUGUACUGCAGUGAAAUCCUGGCUAUCUUGCUGCAAAACAAUGACAAUACCAGAGAACUAUUGGGAGAGAUGGAUGGCAUCGAUGUGUUACUGCAGCAACUAUCUGUGUUCAAACGUCACAACCCGUCCACAGCUGAGGAGCAGGAGAUGAUGGAGAACCUCUUCGAUGCUCUCUGUUCCUGCCUAAUGCUGCCAGCCAAUCGGGACCGCUUCCUCAGAGGAGAAGGGCUUCAGCUAAUGAAUCUCAUGCUCAGAGAAAAGAAAGUGUCUCGCACCAGUGCCCUGAAGGUCCUGGACCAUGGCAUGAUUGGACCAGAGGGAGCAGAUAACUGCCAUAAGUUUGUGGACAUCCUGGGCCUGCGAACCAUCUUCCCACUUUUCAUGAAAACCCCCAAGAAGAUGAAGAAAACUGGUACUUCAGAGAAGGAGCAUGAAGAACAUGUCAGCUCCAUCAUCGCCUCCAUGCUGAGAAAUCUCAAGUCCCAACAGAGAAGCAGACUCCUCACCAAGUUCACAGAGAAUGACUGCGAGAAGGUUGAUCGACUGAUGGAGUUGCAUUUUAAGUACCUGGAGGCUGUUCAACAGGCUGACAAGAGGAUCGAAGGAGAGAAACAUGAGAUGGUUCGUCGGGGGGAGAUCCUAGACGACAGCAUGGAGGACGAGUUCUACCUUCGCCGCCUGGAUGCAGGGCUAUUCGUCCUUCAGUUGAUCUGCUACAUUAUGGUGGAGAUCAGCAACUCGGGGAUAUCACAGCUGCAGCAGAGGGUCCAUCAAAUUCUCAACCUCAGAGGAGGAUCUGUUAAAGUAGUGCGCCACAUCAUGAGAGAGUACGCCGAGAGCAUCGGCGAUGGGAAGAGUGACGAGUUCAAAGAGGCUGAGCGCAAGAGGAUCAUGGACCUUGUAGACAACUUUUAAUCUCACUUUUAUCUUGCUCUCUCUUUCUCACACGCAGUCAUACACAAACAAUAUGUUCUUACACAUCAGAAUAUUGAAACCCCACUGUGAUUUGGGACUGAUGGUUACUGUGACUAUUACCCCUGUUUUUCUGUAACUGAAGUCACUGGGUGUAUUUACAUGCACAGUAAUGCUGGUUUUAUUUGCUUUUAGCUGGUUUUAUUUGCUUUUAGCAGACCGGUAAUAAUUAUUACCGGUCUGCUAAAAGCAGAUCAUUUUCUCACUAAAUAAUUUCAUGGUUUUCCAAAUACUCUGGUUUAUCUAGUCAAUUUGACCUUUGACAUCCAAUGGGGGGGAAAAAAUAACCUUAAAUUGACAGAAAUACUGUGCAUGUAAACCUGCUCAAUGCAGAAAUGGUAGUUGAGUUUAUCAAGCCGAAGCACUGUAGCUCGACUGAAACACAGUGUAUGUGGGAUGAACUUGGAGCUACUGUUUAUUUUCCGUACUGUGGUGUUGAGCACCUCGGGAUAAUUAUGGACAGACUUAGCAAAGAUCCGUGAAUUUAAUACCCCUCCCUCGGCUCUCCCACUUCUGUCUGGUUUGUUUGUUUUGGAUUUGAGUGUAAAAUAUUUUCUAAUAAAACAUUUGGUAAUAAUUGCA